UCUAUCUUCUAACGACUUCUGACACACUCCGUGAAGGCUUACUUCUCCAAAAAGAGGGACUUCUUUUCUUUUUCACAUCAUCCUUAUUCUAAUUUCUUACCUAGCGCCUGUACCACUACGAUCCAGGCAAUCCUCCCAUCUUCUCUCCGCCCUGCUUACAUUCUGAGCUCUACUUUGAUCUCGUAAAAUUCUACCUGGAUAUAUCGCAUGGGAAUUGCAUAAUUCAUAAUUAACUAUCUUCAUCAUGGCCCUCGCCAACGGAACCUCGACAGCCAACGGCCAUGACAGCGCAUCGACUGCCAACUACAAUCUUCCCUCACAUUUCAUCGGUGGGAAUCACCUCGGAGCUGCCGCGCCGAGUACCGUGAAAGACUUUGUGGCCAAACACGGUGGCCACUCGGUCAUCAGUUCGGUUCUGAUUGCCAACAACGGUAUUGCUGCCGUGAAAGAGAUCCGCUCUGUCCGGAAAUGGGCCUACGAAACAUUUGGCAAUGAGCGUGCCAUUCAAUUCACAGUGAUGGCCACGCCGGAGGAUUUACGCGCAAAUGCGGAUUAUAUCCGUAUGGCGGACCAAUACGUUGAGGUUCCGGGGGGUACGAAUAACAAUAAUUAUGCCAACGUUGAACUGAUCGUUGAUGUUGCCGAACGAAUGGACGUCCACGCCGUGUGGGCUGGAUGGGGUCAUGCUUCUGAAAACCCCCGACUACCUGAGUCCCUCGCCGCGUCUCCCAAGAAGAUUCUCUUCAUUGGACCGCCGUCCUCGGCUAUGCGCUCAUUGGGUGACAAGAUCUCGUCUACAAUUGUCGCUCAACACGCCGGGGUGCCUUGCAUCCCCUGGUCCGGAACCGGUGUCGACGACGUGAAGGUCGAUGACAAGGGCAUUGUUACUGUUGCCGACGAGGUGUACAACCGCGGUUGCACCUUCUCGCCAGAGGAAGGUCUCCAGAAGGCCAAGGAAAUCGGUUUCCCUGUGAUGAUAAAAGCGUCUGAAGGUGGCGGAGGUAAAGGUAUUCGUAAGGUUGAAAACGAAGCUGACUUCAUCAACCUGUACAAUGCUGCCGCAAACGAAAUCCCUGGAUCUCCAAUCUUCAUUAUGAAGCUUGCUGGCAACGCCCGCCACUUGGAAGUCCAGCUGCUGGCCGACCAAUACGGCAACAAUAUCUCAUUGUUUGGCAGAGAUUGCUCAGUCCAACGGCGACACCAGAAGAUCAUCGAAGAGGCUCCCGUGACGAUCGCAAAGCCUACAACGUUCCAGGCCAUGGAGCGUGCGGCUGUCAGCCUGGGAAAGCUGGUUGGCUACGUGUCGGCCGGUACGGUGGAAUACCUGUAUUCGCAUUCAGACGACAAGUUCUACUUCUUGGAACUGAAUCCUCGUCUCCAGGUCGAGCACCCUACGACUGAGAUGGUUUCGGGUGUGAAUCUGCCGGCUGCUCAACUCCAAAUUGCUAUGGGUAUUCCUCUGCACCGGAUACGUGAUAUCCGCUUGCUCUACGGAGUGGAUCCGAACACGUCCUCCGAGAUCGACUUUGACUUUUCCAGUGAAGAGAGCUACAAGACCCAGCGCCGCCCGCAGCCUAAGGGACACACAACUGCGUGCCGUAUUACUUCUGAAGAUCCAGGCGAGGGCUUUAAGCCUUCCAGUGGUACCAUGCAUGAACUGAACUUCCGCAGUUCGUCCAAUGUCUGGGGUUACUUCUCCGUCGGUACGGCUGGGGGAAUUCACAGCUUCUCGGACAGUCAAUUCGGUCAUAUCUUCGCAUAUGGUGAGAAUCGAUCGGCAUCACGGAAGCACAUGGUUAUCGCCUUAAAGGAAUUGAGUAUCCGUGGUGAUUUCCGGACGACCGUCGAGUACUUGAUUAAGCUGCUGGAGACUCCUGCAUUCGAAGACAACACAAUUACGACCGGAUGGCUUGAUCAGUUGAUCACCAACAAAUUGACUGCUGAACGUCCGGACCCCAUUGUCGCCGUGCUGUGUGGUGCGGUUACUAAGGCGCAUCAAGCUAGUGAAGCAGGUGUGGAAGAGUACCGGAAGGGGCUUGAGAAGGGUCAAGUGCCCUCGAAGGAUGUUCUGAAGACCGUUUUCCCUGUCGAUUUCAUCUACGAGGGUUCGCGCUACAAGUUCACCGCCACAAGAGCGAGCUUGGACAGCUACCACCUUUUCAUAAACGGAUCCAAAUGCUCUGUCGGUGUUCGCGCGCUGGCUGACGGUGGCUUGCUGGUCCUCCUGAACGGUCGCAGUCACAAUGUUUACUGGAAGGAGGAAGCAGCCGCCACACGUCUCAGCGUGGAUGGGAAGACUUGCCUGCUGGAGCAGGAGAACGACCCAACGCAGCUCCGCACACCUUCUCCCGGAAAGCUCGUUAAGUUCACCGUUGAGAAUGGCGAACAUGUUCGAGCAGGCCAGGCCUUUGCCGAAGUCGAGGUGAUGAAGAUGUACAUGCCUUUGAUUGCCCAGGAAGAUGGGAUUGUUCAAUUGAUCAAGCAGCCUGGUGCCACCUUGGAGGCUGGCGAUAUUCUCGGUAUUCUCGCCUUGGAUGAUCCAUCUCGCGUCAAGCAUGCGCAGCCGUUCACCGGCCAGCUGCCAGAUAUUGGACCACCACAGGUUGUGGGUAACAAGCCUCCACAGAGGUUCUUUUUGCUCUAUAGCAUCCUGGAAAAUAUUUUGCGAGGAUUUGAUAACCAGGUCAUCAUGGGUACCACGCUCAAGGAGCUUGUGGAAGUCCUUCGUAAUCCCGAACUUCCGUACGGAGAGUGGAAUGCUCAAUCUUCUGCAUUGCACUCGCGUAUGCCUCAGAGACUUGAUGCGCAGCUUCAAAACGUUGUUGACCGUGCGCGCGCCAGGAAGGCUGAAUUCCCUGCGAAGCAGCUGCAGAAGACUAUCGCUCGAUUCAUUGAGGAAAAUCUCAACCCCGCCGAUGCGGAAAUUCUCAAGACAACCCUCCUACCUCUAGAACAAGUCAUUGACAAGUAUAUGGAUGGAUUGAAGACCCACGAGUUCAAUGUCUUCAUUGGCCUCUUGGAGCAGUAUUACGAGGUGGAGAAGCUAUUCUCAGGCCGCAAUACCCGUGAUGAAGAUGCUAUUCUCAAGCUCAGAGACGAGCACAAGGAUGAUAUCCUCAGCGUUGUUCACAUUGUGCUUUCCCAUAGUCGUAUCGGUGCUAAGAACAACCUGAUUCUUGCCAUUUUGGCGAUGUACCGUCCAAACCAACCUGGCGUUGGUAAUGUCGGCAAGCACUUCAAGCCGAUCCUCAAGAAGCUUACAGAGCUGGAGUCCAGAUCUGCCGCUAAGGUCACCCUCAAAGCACGUGAGGUCCUUAUCCAGUGCGCUCUCCCCUCUCUGGAAGAACGUCUCUCCCAGAUGGAAUUAAUUCUGCGUUCCUCGGUUGUUGAGUCGCGCUACGGUGAAACAGGCUGGGACCACCGUGAACCCGAUUUUGGGGUCCUGAAGGAGGUGGUUGAUUCCAAAUAUACUGUUUUCGAUGUGCUACCGCGUUUCUUCGUCCACCAAGAUGCCUGGGUCACACUCGCUGCUCUCGAGGUCUAUGUGCGCCGUGCGUACCGUGCAUAUACCUUGAAGGGUAUUCAAUACCACGCUUCCGGCGAGCCGCCAUUGCUUUCAUGGGACUUCACUCUUGACAAGCUCGGACAGCCCGAAUUUGGCGGUGUCACGUCGACUCAUCCGUCGACUCCGAGCACCCCAACAGCGGAAGGUAACCCCUUCCGGAGGUUGAACUCUAUAAGCGACAUGUCUUACCUGGUCAAUGAUGGCAGUAACGAGCCUACCAGAAAGGGUGUCCUUCUUCCUGUCCAGUACUUGGAGGAUGCUGAAGAGUACCUGCACAGAGCUUUGGAGGUCUUCCCGCGGGCUGGCUCAAAGGCCAAGAAGCCUAGUGAUAAUGGCCUUCUUGCCACCCUGGAGGGCAAGCGUCGACCAGCUCCGCGAAUUGAAAGCGACAACGAGCUCACUGGUGUCUGCAAUAUCGCUGUUCGCGACGUUGAAGACCUGGACGACACGCAAAUUGUUUCCCAGAUCAACGGACUGCUCGCUGAUGUUAAAGAUGAAUUGCUUGCCCGUCGUAUUCGUCGUGUGACUUUCAUCUGCGGAAAGAAUGGCAUCUACCCGGGUUAUUACACGUUUAGGGGGCCUGCGUAUGAAGAAGAUGAGAGUAUCCGUCACAGCGAGCCUGCCCUGGCGUUCCAACUGGAACUCGGCCGUUUGUCUAAGUUCAAGAUCAAGCCAGUCUUCACGGAGAACCGUAACAUUCACGUUUAUGAAGCAAUUGGCAAGGGCCCGGACGAUAAGGCGCUGGACAAGCGGUACUUCGUCCGUGCUGUGGUGCGUCCGGGACGCCUUCGUGACGAUAUCCCUACAGCCGAGUACCUGAUCUCCGAGGCUGACCGGUUGAUGAACGAUAUUUUGGAUGCUCUUGAGAUUAUUGGCAACAACAACUCUGAUUUGAACCACAUCUUCAUCAACUUCUCUCCCGUGUUCAACCUGCAGCCAAAGGAUGUGGAAGAGGCUCUGGCUGGUUUCUUGGAUCGUUUCGGUCGUCGCCUCUGGCGACUUCGCGUUACUGGUGCUGAGAUCCGUAUCCUCUGUACCGAUCCUGCCACCGGAGUUCCCUACCCACUGCGUGUGAUCAUCACCAACACCUAUGGUUUCAUCAUCCAGGUGGAACUCUACAUUGAGAAGAAGUCUGAAAAGGGUGAAUGGGUCUUCCACAGCAUUGGUGGUACUAACAAGCUCGGAUCCAUGCACUUGCGCCUUGUCUCCACACCCUACCCUACAAAGGAGUGGCUCCAGCCUAAGCGGUACAAGGCUCACAUCAUGGGUACUCAAUAUGUGUACGAUUUCCCAGAGUUGUUCAGACAAGCUUUCCAGAACAGCUGGACCAAAGCUAUCGCCAAGGUGCCAUCCUUGGCAGAGCAGCGGCCCCCUGUUGGUGAAUGUAUCGACUACACUGAGCUUGUGCUGGAUGAUACCGAUAAUCUGGUAGAGAUUUCGAGAGGCCCUGGUACGAACACGCAUGGUAUGGUAGGUUGGCUCGUGACUGCCCGCACUCCUGAGUAUCCCCGUGGAAGGCGGUUCAUUAUUGUUGCGAACGACAUCACGUUCCAAAUCGGAUCUUUUGGUCCACAGGAGGACAAGUUCUUCCACAAGUGUACUGAGCUGGCAAGAAAGCUUGGUAUUCCUCGUAUCUAUCUUUCUGCUAACUCAGGUGCUCGUAUUGGAAUGGCUGAUGAGCUCAUCCCAUACUUCUCAGUUGCUUGGAAUGAUCCUGAGAGACCCGAAGCCGGAUUCAAAUACCUUUACCUGACUCCUGAGGUCAAGAAGAAGUUUGACGCGAGCCAGAAGAAGGAAGUCAUUACUGAGCUAAUCAAUGACGAAGGCGAAGAACGGCACAAGAUCACCACUGUCAUUGGUGCUAAGGAUGGCCUUGGUGUUGAAUGUCUCAAGGGCUCUGGUCUCAUUGCAGGUGCCACCUCCAAGGCUUACGAGGACAUCUUCACAAUCACACUGGUCACCUGCCGCUCCGUCGGUAUCGGCGCUUAUCUCGUCCGUCUCGGACAAAGAGCUAUCCAAGUUGAGGGACAGCCGAUUAUUCUUACCGGUGCCCCGGCCAUUAACAAGCUGUUGGGCAGAGAGGUCUACACGUCCAACUUGCAACUUGGUGGAACUCAGAUCAUGUAUAGGAACGGUGUUUCCCAUAUGACCGCCAACGAUGACUUCGAAGGUGUGCAAAAGAUUGUUGAAUGGAUGUCCUUUGUUCCUGACAGAAAGGGAUCGCCGAACCCUAUCCGUCCUUGGUCGGACAACUGGGACCGUGACAUCGAGUACCAUCCUCCUUCCAAGCAACCAUAUGACCCUCGUUGGCUCAUUGCCGGUAAGGAGGAUGAGGAGGGCUUCCUUCCUGGCUUGUUUGACGCGGGAUCUUUCGAAGAAGCUCUGGGCGGAUGGGCUCGUACUGUUGUUGUUGGUCGCGCAAGGCUAGGUGGAAUCCCCAUGGGUGUUAUUGCUGUCGAGACACGCUCGGUGGAGAAUGUCACUCCAGCUGACCCGGCGAACCCCGACUCGAUGGAGAUGAUCAGCACCGAAGCUGGUGGAGUGUGGUACCCCAACUCUGCUUACAAGACAGCUCAAGCCCUUCGUGACUUUAACAACGGUGAGCAGCUACCAGUAAUGAUCUUAGCCAACUGGAGAGGCUUCUCCGGUGGACAGCGCGACAUGUACAACGAGGUCCUGAAGUAUGGGUCGUACAUCGUCGAUGCUUUGGUCAAGUAUGAGCAGCCUAUCUUUGUCUACAUCCCGCCCUUCGGUGAACUUCGUGGUGGUUCCUGGGUCGUCAUCGAUCCAACGAUCAAUCCAGACCAGAUGGAAAUGUACGCUGAUGAGGAAGCUCGUGGUGGUGUUCUUGAGCCUGAGGGUAUUGUCAACAUCAAAUACCGCCGUGAUAAGCAGCUGGACACUAUGGCUCGUCUGGAUGCUACUUACGGUGAGCUUCGUCGCUCUCUUGAGGACCCAUCUCUCAGUAAGGAGCAGUUGUCAGAAAUCAAGACCAAGAUGGCUGCUCGUGAGGAGCAACUUCUCCCCGUCUACUUGCAGAUUGCUCUGCAAUUUGCUGAUCUUCAUGAUCGUGCUGGCCGCAUGGAGGCCAAGAACACUAUUCGCCGGCCUCUCACUUGGAAGAACGCACGCCGAUUCUUCUACUGGCGCGCGCGCCGUCGUCUCAGCGAGGAGCUAAUCAUUAAGCGCAUGGUUGCUGCAGCACCGUCCCCUGCACCACGCGACGCUAGCAGCGGCGCCAUCCCAACCAUCCCUGCCGGCAACGUCUCUUCUACCGAAUCUGCUCGCUCGAUUCACCUUCAUACUCUGCGUACCUGGACUGGAAUGCUUCAUGAUGAACUGGAGAAUGAUGAUCAACGUGUGGCUUUGUGGUACGAGGAAAACAAGAAGCUCAUCCAGACAAAGAUUGAGGCCCUCAAGACCGAAUCUGUUGCUGGAGAGGUCGCGCAAUUGCUUAUCGGCAACAAGGAAGGUGGCUUGAAGGGUGUCCAACAGGUUCUGAGCAUGCUCCCUGUUGAAGAAAAGGAGGCUGUUCUUAAGUACCUUUCUUCGCAAUAAGCCCAUAUUUCAAUCGUUGAAGUGUGUGGAAUCAUCUUAACGUCUUUUGUCAUAAACAGUGAUACAAUUGAGCAUUGGGUAUGUAUGGAUGAGGCAGGUUUCUGGGUUUCGGAUUUCAGGAGGUGCAUGUUAUGAUUCUGUGAUUUGUUAUGCAUAUAAUGCUGCUGAUGUCUGUUAUUUCUCGAUGGUAUUUAUCUGUUCAUUACAUUGUUUAAAAAUACAAAUAUAAUUUCCCAAGACAUCAGAUUAUCGAUUCUAGCCUCAUCCCUAGGUCUCCAGUUGCUUGGGAGCACCAUUACCGUAAGCGGGAGGUCGAGAACAAUAGUAAAUCAGCAAAAAAUCCAUAUCUGAAAGCACAAGCUAGGUAGAUCCUUAUUAACACUAUCGACAUUACUUGAGGAUCACAAGAAACAGGCAUAGGACGUA